CCGCUCCGACGGCUGCUCGGGGAAGCGGCGGGGCCCGCCCGCACCUCCCACACCGCCCGGCGGCACCGACGGCCGCGGGAGGCCCUCACCGUGACCGCCACCGCCCCCCCGACGACGGCAGGACUCGAGGCACCAUGACCCUGCUGAAGCUGUCCCUCAUGGCCUUCAGCUUCGUCUUCUGGGCAGCGGGGCUGACCAUGCUCAUCAUCGGCCUCUGGGCCAAGGUGUCUCUGGGCAGUUACCUGGCGCUGUCGGCCAGCGACUACCCCAGCGCCCCCGCCAUCCUCUUGGCCACCGGCGUCGCUGUCAUCAUCUGGGGCUUCCUGGGAUGCUUCGGCGCCGCUACGGAGCACCGGGGACUCCUGCGCGCCUACAGCGCCUUCCUGGCCGCCGUGCUGGCGGCCGGGCUGGCGGCCGGGCUCUCGGCGCUCCUGUACCGCCAGACCCUGGAGCAGGGCUUCCAGGAGGGGCUGCGCCAGGCGCUGCUGGCGUACGGGGAGGACGACGGGGUGGCGGACGCCCUGGACGCGCUGCAGCGGGCCCUGUCCUGCUGCGGUGUGGAGAGCUACCGCGACUGGCUGGCCUCGCCCUGGGGGCUGGAGCAGAACGGCUCGGUGCCCCUCAGCUGCUGCCGGGCCCGCCGCGGCUGCCAGCGCAGCCCGCCCGACGCGCGCAGGCUGCACCGCGACGGCUGCUUCGGCAGGGUGACCGCCUUCGUCGGCAGCAAUAUGUAUUAUGUUGCCACCGCUGCCCUGGGGCUGGCACUGCUGCAGCUCAUCGGUAUUGUGCUGGCCUGCCUGCUUGCUGCACGCGUCCCUGCCCACCUGCUGGGCAUCACCACCACUCGCUGAGAUCCCCCGACUCCUGCCCCUUGUCCCCUGCAGCUCCUUUCUUUCCCACAUAACUGAGUGCAUCCCACUGGGAAAAUCCUUCAUAUUCACCAUUUCCACUUGAGCAUCCUCCUCCAGGCUCCAUUUCUCUGGAGCCUGUGUUAGGUGUGCUAUGAGCAUCUUAAGUCCCUCAGAAGGGAAGGUGCCUCCUGGCCUGGCCAUGUAUCCUGCAGGGCAGCAGGUCCCCGCUGGAGCCUCUGGACCACUUCUGCAGGGAGCGGUGGCAGCAUGGACAGACUUCACUCUCUGCGGCAGCAGGGACAUCUGAGGCAAGGCUGACUGGUUUUCUGUGUGAUGUAAAUACCAAGGCACCGAAAUGUGGACCAGGAAAGAGGAGAGGGCCUAGGAGAGCAAGAGGGGUGUCUCUUGAUAUUACACCAUAUCUGGGUUUGCAUUUGGAGUCUGAGGAAAAGCAAGCCAUGCACUUCAGAGAGUCCUGAACUUUCAGAUCUUGACUUUGGCUUCUUUCCAUCCACUUCCUUAAAACCUGUGAACUGUACUUUUAUGUAUUUUUCUACCUCGAAGCACAAAGACAUGCCCACCUUAACUGGCAAACAGGAGAGGAAUAAGAAAAGAAUCAAAGAACCACAAAGGAACUCCAAAGCAUGACAUCUCUUAGGAAUGUGACUUGCAAAGCUGUGGAGAAUGGUCAAAUGAGUAAAGAAGCUGACUGGUAGGAGAGGAGCAACCUCGGGGAAAGGUUGUUUUGUGUAUUAGGCGGGUAUUUAGCUAUGAUAAUCACAUUCCAGGUUAACAGUGUAGUGUGAACAGUCUUCAGUCAUUUGCAUCUGCACAGGUGAACCCUAGAAAUGUCUUAGGAAUCCCUCUUUAUAGGGAAAACAGUGGUUUAUUUUUGAGGGCUGAUGUUUAUUAUUUUACAAAAAUAUAUAUUUAUUUUUGCUUGUAAACAUCCCUUUUUUUUUUUUUUUUUUUAGUUAUGUAAUAAUGGAACUCCUGUUAUUUUCUGGAAGUCAAGAUUAUGUUGUACAACUUUAACCAUGGGCAAAAAGUAUGGUUUGUAUGGUAAAUGGUACUUGAGAAAUAAAGUUUAGCUGCUGAUAAGAGCAAAACAGGUCACUGUGUCAACUCCAAGUAUUUGCAUUGCUGUAUGUCUCCAUAAGGUGCAACUAAAUGCAAGUGAAAUGAAGUGUACAUUGAAAUGUAGAGACAGAAACAUUUUGUGAGUUUUUAAAAUUAUUGUUCAAAAGAUCCAUUAUAGAUGCAAUAAAACAGGCAUUGUGGAGAGUGUGGGAAAGGAACAUAAAAUUGCACUGCAUUUAUAAAAAAGAUCUUUGAGUUAAUAGGCUCU